AUGGCGAGCACGAGCUUCGGCAAGAAGGCGUGCGAACUCGUGCGAGAGAUCGCGGAGAGCGAGGCCGGGACGCUACCGCCGUACAAUCAGGAUUUAAUGCGCACGAUCGCCGAUCAGUGCGCGGACCACGGCGAGGCUAUGCAGACGCUGGCGGUUCAGAUUAACGAAGUGAACGACGCCGAGGACGACGGCGCCGAGGACGCGGACGCGAGAGAAGAUAAGACAGGGUCGUUGCGCACGGGGAUGUUCGCGCAUCAUCAGGCGAUAUUGCGGAAUAAACGCGCGAUGUUGGUGUACCUGAACGAGCGCAUGAACAGGAUAAAAGAUCUUCGAUGGCAAAUCGGCACCGGUUUGCCGGACAACGUGUCCUCCAACCUGAGUCACGGCGAACGCGCCUUCUUCACCAAGUACUCGGAAAAUCUGAACGAAUACAUGCGAGAGGUGGAUUUGAACUUGACGUUAGAUUUAGAACCGCCGAAGCAUCACAAGAUACAGGUGCGAUGCUUGGAAGAUCGCGGGGAGUUGUUCACCAGGGACGGCUCGGUGGAUCUCAAGCGCAACACGGUGCACUUGAUGUGGAGAGAGGAAGCGCAGCCGCUCAUCCGCGAGGGCGUCCUCGAGCAGCUCGACGACGAUGGGUGUUAG